AUGAACCAUGUUAUGGACCGCGCCAAGUGGCCUGUCAUCUCCGGCUUCAUUGUCGGGACAUUCCUGGUGACACGCGCUGUGCCUACUUCCUUCGCUUUCGACAAGACGGUCCAUACGUCAAUCGCAACACUCGCGACAUCUGGUGGAGCAAUCCUAGCAACAAGCAAAUGGAUCGCGAGGAGCGGAGGAAGGAGCGACUAUGAGAGUGUGCCAUUGAACGAUGUGGGGGAGCCGCAUGGCAGUAGGAAGCCGAGUCCGAGUAGAGAGGAGGAGGAGGAGGAGGAGGGAGAGGUGAAUGGGGUGGGACAUCCGAGUAGUUUGAGGAAGCUGAGGACAUGUUGGAUCUUUUUGGUGCUGGCACUAUGCUUGAGGGCAGGAAUCUUGCGAGAAGUGAUCCGCAAUGUCCAAUGCGCUUCGGCAAGUUGGGCGCCACUGCUGCCCAUCGCCUUUGCCCUGUGGGACUACUGGACCGUUCAGCGAAAGAGGAGACGACGACGAACCGUAACGGAAAGUGACGACGAUGCUGGCGCCAGCGUAUAUGAUGCGCUGGAGCGAAGUGUCGCUAGCACUCCUUAUGCAGUCUUGGUUGCAGUAUGUUUGGUCUGCUUUGGAGGGAUGCUGGCAUUGAGGUCCACCAGCGUGCCACAAUCGACGUAUAUCUGUGCUGCUGUGCUGCCGUAUGGAUGGCUUGUGCCACAGUUGCAACGCCUCGGAAGUGCUCUGGACGUUGUGAUUGUGUUUUGCAUUGCACAGCUUGUGGUGGCACAUGGUGAACGAGGAGCUAGGAGUGCUGCGUUGAGGUUUGCGUCUGUGGGUUAUGCAUUGCUUUUUUCCGCCGCGACAUUACUGACUAUCGGCACUGUCUAUUUCAUUUUCCAGGCAGAGGACAGGACCUGGAUUACGACGAUACCCUAUUGCUAUGCUUGGAGCGUGGCGAAGCUGGAUUUGUAUAUUGCUUUCACAUUGGUUUGCGCACUUUUGGCACUUGUACACAUCGGCUUGAUGACAACAGCAUUAUUAGCGAAAUUUACGUCCAUCAUGACCAUUACGACAGCAUCUGCAUGGAGCAACGGUCAUCCAUUCCCGCCAUCGCCAGCUGGCCUAGCGUUUCUGGCUAUCUGUCUGACCAUCUUGGGCUUCAUGAGCUACGCUCACAUGGAGGCCAUCAGUGGCGAGCGCAGUAACAACAGCACUGGAAAGCUGUUCCACAAGGUACCCUCGAUGUUCUAUUUGGUCCUACUCAUACUACUCUUUACCUGGACUGGAUUGUGGGCCACACAUAGAACAUCGGUGUACUUUCAUCCUAUCGACAUGUUAAUCUACGAGGCGCACGGUCAUCAUCAGGCCUAUCUCACCCAGACCUCCGCUAGUAGGAGCCUGGCUGACGCUGUCAACAACUACCAAACCAGAUACCGGAGACCACCGCCAGCUGGCUUCCAUCACUGGUACAAAUAUGCCACAGACCGCAAUGCCACAGUUCUCGACGACUUUGACAGUAUCCAUCGCGAUCUCUUACCAUUCUAUGGCCUCACGCCACGACAGAUCCGGGACAGAACUUGGGAGCUCGUGGCCAAUCCUUGGAAUGAUGUGGCAGAUAUUAGCAUUCGCAAUGGUACAGUUGACAUCUCACCAAACGUGUUUCCCACCCACAAGUGGAUGCUGGAAGGUAUCCUCGAGAUGGUCGGCAAGUUCGCCAAGUGGCUACCAGAUAUGGACCUGGCCUUCAAUCUCAACGACGAGUGUAGAGUCAACGCGCCGUUUGAGAAUCUGAAGUCUUUGCGAGCGGCUGGCGAGUACUGGGGUAGGAUCGAGGAUGGCAAGCGAAAGGUCAAGCCGUUCAGUGCUGAUCGGGCACAACACUGGUUUUCAAUACCUGCUGAGCCUGAAGAGAAGACGCCGCUGAAGGAGAUGUCAUGGCAGUAUACUUUCCACCGCAUCGGCAACAACGGCUGCCCUCCGAGCUCACCAGCACGGACUCAACGGCUAUGGGACACAGGCAGUCUAUGCACCUCCUGCACAGCUCCGCAGUCUCUCGGCGCGUUCCUGUCCAACUGGACCACCGCAGCCGACAUCUGCCAUCAACCUGAUCUAGCCGAUCUCCACGGCCUUUACAUGUCCCCGGCCGCUUUCAAAACCACCCACGAACUCUACCCCGUGUUCUCCCAAUCCAAAGCCCACGGCUUCAACGACAUCCUGUAUCCCUCCGCCUGGAACUACCUUGACAAGGCAAAAUACGACCCCAACGAUGAUUAUCCCGACAAGCCCUUCCCAGAAAAGGCCAACACCCUCUUCUGGCGAGGUGCAACCUCCGAAGGUGUCUCUCAAGGCCGCGGUCAAUGGCGUGGUAUGACCCGGCAGCGCUUCAUUCACCUCGCGAAUAAUAUCAACAACACCUCACCACCGCAGCCGCUGCUCUUGCCCAUCAACGACGACGGCACCCAACUUGCUUACCAGAACCUUCCCGUCUCGAAACUGACAGAACUCCUGUCCACAGACGUCCACGUCGUUGACAACAUCGCACGCUGCGCUGGCCAAGACUGUGAGAAUCAAGCGAGAGAGUUCGCUCCACUAGUGGAACCGAUCGAAUUUCAGCAUCAUUGGAACUACAAAUACCUCCUGGACCUUGACGGCGCAGGCUUUAGUGGUCGCUUCAUCCCCUUUCUCCAGUCCAAAUCAUUGCCAUUCAAAGCCGCCCUUUUCCGCGAAUGGUGGGACGACCGCCUUACCCCAUGGCUUCACUUCGUUCCUCUCGAUAUUCGAGGACAGGGAUUUUGGGCUACGUUGGCGUACUUUCAUGGUAUAGACGGUACUCUCCAGGGACAGAAAGGGGAAGCCGGAGCAUUGGAGAUCAAGGUUGAUGCGCAUGCUCGUGACGCCGAGAGGAUUGCGAUGGACGGUAGGAAGUGGGCGGAACAGGUCCUGAGGAAGGAGGAUAUGGAGAUCUACUUCUUCCGCCUUCUGCUGGAAUGGGGGCGGUUGACGGAUGAGGAGAGGGACGAGAUUGGGUUUGAGAUGAAUAUGGACGGGAGUGUCCCGGCGUGA